UUUGAAUAAUUAUUUUUUAUCUUUGUCAAAGUCAAAGUCAACAAAGUCACAAUUUAAUUUCAUUUAAUAGAAAAAUAUCUAUUUUAUUUUCUCCACAAAGUAAAAGGUCACUAAUCUAAUCUUAUACCUACCCCUGUAGGUAUUGUUGAGAUUGAUCUUUCCAAUAACGUAAUCAAUCAGAAGAUAUUUUAGUCGUAAUUAAUUCCAUGUUUAUAGAAAUUAUUACAUUGCGAUAUGUCUUUGUACGACGAUCUUGAUACAAUAAAAGCCCGAACAACAGAAAAGGUAGCAGGAUGGUCUUCAGGGAUAAAACUUCUACAGUCACAGUUACAGCUCAAAAAAGCAGCUGUUACUCAGCCUAAAAGAGAGGCAUUGCGGAGAUCUCAUCAGGUCUUAACACCAGUGAUAGAUUUAAAAAGUAAACAAAAAGAAGAAGAUGAUACCAACUCUAACAGUCCAAAAAUACAACCAAAAACAUUGACGGCUUCAUUGAAUGUUCGUGAUUUUGACUGGAAUGUUGCUAAUGAGUAUGAUCCUAUGUGGCCUAAUGAUUAUGAAAAAGUUGCUAAAGAAAUGCAAGCCAAAAGGCUAAAUCUUGAUGGCACUGACAGGGGCGAUAGGUCAGAGAGGAAGCGUAAAUCAAGAUUUGGUGAAGAAGAAGAUGUACCACAAGAGAAGACUCUAGUAGCAAUGCAACCUGAGGAAGAAGAGGCAGAAGAGAUAUCAAAACGCGCCACUGGAGUUGCUAUAGCUCCUCCUCCAUCACUUACAAUGGAGUCACUGUCACCUCCUCCACCAGCUAUCCCUGCUGCAAGCUCCAAUACAGGCUUCUCAAUUGGAGGUUAUGGUGCAAGUUCUAUAGCUGCAAAAAUCAUGGCAAAAUAUGGUUUCAAGGAAGGGCAAGGUUUGGGUAAAAAGGAACAAGGAAUGUCAGUAGCAUUGCAAGUGGAGAAAACUUCCAAGCGUGGUGGGCGAAUUAUACAUGAAAAAGAUAGUACUGUAAUGCCACCCCCAGCUUUUGCUAUGCCAGCCCUCCCUGGGUCAGACUCUCCAAAUGCAUCUGAUUCAGCACAAGCUGCUAAAGAACCCUCAAUUACAGAAAUAAUGAAAUCACCCAGUAAAGUGGUUUUACUGAGGAACAUGGUGGGUCCGGGUGAUGUUGAUGAAGAACUAGAACCGGAAGUGAAGGAUGAAUGCAACACAAAAUAUGGCGAUGUCAUAAAGGUGUUGAUAUAUGAGUUGCCAAAUGUUCCCCAUGAAGAAGCUGUUAGAAUAUUCGUUGAGUUCAAGAGAAUUGAAAGUGCUAUAAAAGCAGUAGUAGAUUUAAAUGGUAGAUUUUUUGGCGGCAGACAAGUCAAAGCAGGCUUUUACGAUGUUGAAAAGUUUAACACCUUACAGUUAGUAGAAUAAAUGGUGUUUUAAUUCA